UACCCAUUAGCCAUUCCCAGGGCACCUGUAAAGUUAUUUCAUUCUUUCUGAGCCUAUAUAUUUGUGUCAUCCUUUGGAAACCAAAUUCAUCUCUCUGCUACUCUGCUCCCUUAUCUCUCUCCGAUCCCCAAAAAAAUAACCAGAAAUCUCUUCUUUUCUACUAAAUGCAUUAACGAUACUUCACAAAAACAAACAAUCUCUUCCAAAAAUGGCGAUCGUAAGAAACAAAACAAUGUCACAGAUACUAAAAAUAUGCAGCAACAGCACAAUUAACACACGCACAUACCACAAAACAUGCUGGACAACAACAUCAGCACCAUCAGCAACAACAGAGGUGGGUGUAAAAUCAAUGGGAUUUUGGUUGAAAGAUUAUGAAGAUUACAGAAAAUCAUUGUAUGGUGGUAAUAUUACUCAUAAAGCUCUCUUUGUUGAUGCUGUUGGUACUCUCCUUGUACCUGCUCAAUCCACUGCUCAGAUAUAUAGGCAGAUAGGGGAGAAGUAUGGGGUAAAUUAUUCAGAAGAUGAGAUUCUGAGAAGAUACAGAUGGGCAUAUGAACAACCUUGGGGAAGAUCUAGUCUCAGAUACGUAGAUGAUGGUAGACCUUUCUGGCAAUACAUUGUUUCUUCUUCAACAGGCUGUUCAAAUGCACAGUACUUUGAAGAGCUAUACAACUACUAUAUGACCGAGAAGGCAUGGCAGCUUUGCGACCCAAAUGCAGAGAAAGUAUUUCAGGCUUUGAAAAAAGCGGGUGUAAAAGUGGCUGUUGUCUCAAACUUUGAUACUCGAUUAAGACCUUUAUUGAGGGCUCUGGAUUGUGAACACUGGUUUGAUGCUGUGGCUGUCUCAGCUGAAGUUGCUGCAGAGAAGCCAAAUCCAACAAUUUUUCUGAAGGCAUGUGAUCUUCUUGGUGUAGAGCCGGGGGAUGCUGUUCAUGUUGGUGAUGAUCGUAGAAACGAUAUAUGGGGUGCAAGAGAUGCAGGCUGUGAUGCCUGGCUUUGGGGAAGUGAUGUCCAUUCCUUCAAGGAGGUUGCACAAAGAAUUGGCAUCUACGUUUAAGCCAACAAUGCAGGAAAAAGCGUUUUUCCAUCAGCUGCGGUGGAUAUCUGGAGCGAACAUAUGCUUUACUCUCUCCCCCAGCUUUAGGGGCUGUAAAAUUGUGUUAUAUAUCCAGGAACAGGACUUCAGAGGAGUCCAUAUGUAAUAUGUUACUAAAUUAUCUGUGCAGUUUGUAUGUAAGGUGUCAGUCAAGGGAAAUAGGGAAAGGAGACAAAGAACUUCGAGGAUAUUUGCAUAUCUUCGAGAUCAUGGUCACGAUUUUGGUUGACAACAACAGCCAACAUUAGAACGCUGUUCAGAUAGUUGGAUGGAACGAAGUUGAUGCGCGAUCAACUUAGAAGCCUCACUAAUACUCCAUUGUCAGGAGGGUUCAGUAAUGUUGUACUCCUAGUUGAUACAAAUCUUCCCGGAAUCUGUAUGUACUAUGUAAUAUGUAUGCAAUAAUGUGCAAGAAUAGAAACUUUUCCAACAAUAGAUUUAAAUCCUUAUUUCUCAUUCAA